CUACCUACCACCUACCUAUUUCUUUAUACAAACAGCAUGGCCACUCAAAAACCAACAGAAACCACCGAAGCCUCAAAACCGGCUGAUCAACCUACUUCUGCUGCCUUACCAGCUGACACGUUGACCAAAUAUAAAACUGCUGCUGAGAUCGCAUCUAAAGCUUUGAAAUUGGUCAUCUCCAAGGCAGUCAAGGGAUCAAAUCUUUUAAGUUUAUGUCAAGAAGGUGAUGCAUCAAUCGAAGAAGGAUGUGCAUCAGUUUACAACAAAGAUAAAAAGAACCCUACUAAGAAGGGUAUCGCCUUUCCUUGUGCGAUCAGUAUCAACAACGUCUUGUGUCAUUUCACACCUUUGCCCACAGAUGCGGGUGCAAGUCAAGAACUUCAAGAUGGGGACGUGGUGAAGAUCAUGUUAGGUUCUCAUAUUGAUGGAUAUGCUUCUAUCAUUUCUGAAACCAUGGUAGUCGGCGCUUCGUCCACUGCUGCUGUCACAGGUCCUAAAGCAGAUUUGUUAGCAGCUGCUUACAAUGCAACUGAGCUAGCGCUUCGAUUGAUCAAGCCGGGUGUCAAAAACUGGGAAGUGACGGAUGGUGUGCAAAAACUCUUGAAAGAAUAUAGCUCGAUCAAAGGAAUGGAAGGUAUGCUUUCCCAUCAACACGAGCAGAGCGUGAUUGAUGGAAAGAAGACAAUCAACCUGUUCCCAACUACUGAACAGCAUCGGGACAAGGACUCAACCUUUAUUUUCGAGGAGGGAGACGUCUUUGGAUUAGAUGUCCUACUCACAACUGGUGAGGAUACCAAGUCUAAAGCACACGGUGACCGAACAUCGAUCUUCCAGAAGACAACGUCAUCUUAUCAAUUGAAGAUGAAGACUUCUCGUGCUACAUAUGGUGAGAUCGUGAAGAAGGCGGGCGCGUUUCCGUUUACAUUACGUAAAUUAGAAGAUCAAACCAAAGCUCGGAUGGGAGUGAAAGAAUGUGUGCAACAUGGACUUCUGAAGGAAUUUGAAGUGACGACGACUUCCGACCCUAAAGAUUUUACCGCUCAAUACUUUGUCACAUUCGUGGUGACUAAAACUGGGGCUUCAAGAAUCACACCUCAACCUCACUUUUACACAGGGCAGCUUUCGGAAGUAGUGAAGAGUGAAGUGAAAGUUCAGGAUGAGGAACUCUCUGCAAUCUUGGCGCGUGGGUUGAAACCUAAGAAGGCCAAAAAGCAGACAAACGGGGAAGCCAAAGAAGCUUCCACAUGAUCUGAGGAAGAUUUUCUGUCUUGAAGUCGGGAUCGACACCAAAAAACGGCAACAAUUGUAGGAGGUUUCUAGGGUCCUUGUGAGCUGAGCGUGAUUGGAGGGGAUAAGAUAUCAUUCAUAGCACAUCCUUCUUAUUAAGCUUUUGAAACUAUUGUAUACAUCACACAUUGCUAAAAUAUGCGACUGCUCAUUAUCCUUUGAAUAUGAUAGAGCAUUUGGGGUUUGUCUGUCUGGGUGGAACAGAUGAGAAGUAGCACACUAUGAUAUAGGCUCUGUCGGGAGUUCGUCGUAUAUCACGUGGAGCGUCAUGAGUUGAUUAAAACUUGACCAUCGAGAAGAAUAACUUAU